AUGAGCGUCAACUUCGCAAUCAAAGAUUAAUUAAAAGAUGUAAGUGGGAGAGAGUGUGCUCAAAACUAACCUUAAAUCCCUCUCGUCUCCGACUCUUGACUCCAAUUCUCCCAUGCCUCUGCAACCAAUCGAACCCCAUGGCAGCGGCCAAAACCCUAAACCCAACAUCCCGGCGCCGAAUGACCCGUCGGCGGUGCUCCACCUGUCGUUCUUCGGCGACAGCGGGUGCUUCGCGGCGGGUAUGGACCGCGGCUUCCGGAUCUUCAGCUGCGACCCGUUCCGCGAGAUAGUCCGCCGAGAAGCCGACUUCGGGGGAAUCUCCGCCGUAGAUAUGCACUUCCGGUAUACGAUCAUGGCCAUCGUCGGCGGCGGGCCCCACCCGAACUACCCGCCCAACAAGGUCAUGCUGUGGGACGACCACCAGGGCCGGUGGAUAGGUGAGCUCUCGUUCCGGACCGAGGUCCGGUCCGUCCUGUUCCACCGAGACCGGGUCGUCAUCGUUUUGGAGCACAAGGUGUACACGUACAACCUCUCGGACCUGAAGCUGCUCCACCAGUUAGAGACCACCUCGAACCCUAAGGGCCUCUGCGCGGUCUCGCAGUCGGCCGGGUCGCUGGUCAUGGUCUCCCUCGGGUUGCAUAAGGGCGAGGUUCGGGUCGACCACUUCGCGGCGAAAAGGACCAAGUUCAUCAUGGCGCACGACUCGAAGAUCGCGUGCUUUGCGCUUAACCCGGACGGCCGGUUUCUCGCGACGGCGAGCUGUAGGGGGACUCUGGUCCGAGUUUUCAAUACUGUCGAUGGAUCACUGCUUCGCGAGUUAAGGAGGGGUGCAGAUAGAGCAGACAUCCACAGUUUGGCAUUCUCUUCAACUGGCCAGUGGUUAGCUGUCUCAAGUGACAAGGGGACUGUCCAUGUUUUCGACCUUAAUGAUAAUACUAAAACGCCAGGGAAUAGCAAUUCACUGUGUGCAUCUGAUUCUAAUCUUGCAGUUACACAAUCAAGAUCAUUUCGCUCUCUUGUUAAAGGAGUUUUGCCCAAGUACUUUAGCUCAGAGUGGUCAUUUGCCCAGUUUCGCCUGCCUGAGGGUUCUCACUACAUUGUUGCUUUUGGUCAUCAAAAGGAUACGGUGGUAAUACUUGGCAUGGAUGGAAGCUUCUAUCGAUGUCAAUUUGACCCAACAAAUGGAGGAGAGAUGACACAGCUGCAAUAUCAAAACUUUCUGAAGCCGGAAGAAGCCUUUUGAUGCUGAGUAUAAAAUAUUUCUUAGUAUAUGUGACAUUCUUCUACUUUUUUUCUUUUCGUGAUUUGGGAUAUGGGAAUCAUGAGGUAAAUAUUUUUGGCUUUAUAUAAUAUUUUCUUGCUGUUUCUUCCCCUUUUUUGGGAUGUUGAUAAUCAUGUUGUAAAAAUGUGUACAGUCUGCUACUGGCCUUCCCAAAAAUAAAGGAAAUAUUGGCUCUAAUAUUUUUCUC